UUUUUUUUUAAGUACUGCAUUAGUGGGUGGAAACUGGAUUUGCCUAAUUCACAUUGGCAGACUCUACCAUUCAGUGGCAACUAUCUUCUGUAACUGAAUGCAUGUUGUUUGUUGCAUGGCCUGGAAAUUGACCAGAUUAUGGGGGUUGCUCUUUGUGUUACAGACAUACAGGGAGAGAAGUGCAAUCUAUAAUCCCCAUUCCCCCCCUUUCUUCUCCUCCCCCCCCAAAAAAACCCCCUCCCAAUACUCUGUUCCUCGGCUUUUCUUUCUGUCUGUAAAUUUAGCAAAUAUUAUUGGCCAUUUUUAAAGCUGGUUCUGUCUCAAAGCUUAGGAAGACCAGUGUCCUAGCCCAAAGAGAAGAGUUUCCCUGCUCACAGAUCUUUUUCCUUGUCCUGAUUUCUGCAGCUUUGAUCUGUUCAUGCUCCAGAUGCAAUCAAGCAAACUUCACAUGCAAAACAGAUGGGGCUUGCAUGGUCUCCAUCUCUAACCUGGAUGGUGUUGCACAUCACAUGCGGGCAUGCAUCCCUAAAAAAGAGCUUGUUCCUGCUGGAAAACCCUUCUACUGCCUGAAAUCAGAAGGUCUGCGUAACACACAUUGCUGCUUCUCUGAUUACUGCAAUGAAAUUGACCUAACGGUGCCCAGUGGUCACGUGAAAGAGAAUGAACUUCAGUCUGGUUGGGGCCCUGUGGAGUUGGUAGCAGUGAUUGCAGGGCCUGUCUUCCUUGUGUUUGUCAUCUUGAUUGUAGUGGUUUUUGUCUUUCAUCAUCACCAACGAGUUUAUCACAAUCGUCAGCGGUUGGACAUGGAAGAUCCCUCUUGUGAAAUGUGUCUGUCCAAGGAUAAGACUCUGCAAGAUCUAGUUUAUGAUCUCUCCACUUCUGGCUCCGGCUCAGGUUUGCCGCUCUUUGUUCAACGAACUGUGGCUCGAACCAUUGUCCUUCAGGAGAUCAUUGGCAAAGGUCGCUUUGGGGAAGUGUGGCGUGGCAGGUGGCGUGGAGGUGACGUAGCUGUGAAAAUCUUUUCUUCGCGGGAAGAGCGCUCCUGGUUCAGGGAAGCAGAAAUAUACCAGACUGUCAUGUUGCGACAUGAGAACAUCCUGGGGUUUAUUGCUGCAGAUAACAAAGAUAAUGGGACAUGGACUCAGCUGUGGCUUGUCUCCGAUUACCAUGAGCAUGGCUCACUAUUUGAUUACCUCAACAGAUACACAGUGACUAUCGAGGGAACGAUUAAACUGGCCCUGUCUGCUGCUAGUGGCUUGGCACAUCUGCACAUGGAGAUUGUGGGGACCCAGGGAAAACCAGGCAUUGCACACAGGGACUUGAAAUCGAAGAACAUCCUGGUGAAGAAGAAUGGAAUGUGUGCCAUCGCUGACCUGGGUCUGGCAGUCCGCCAUGAUUCUGUUACCGAUACCAUAGAUAUUGCACCAAAUCAAAGGGUUGGAACCAAACGGUACAUGGCCCCUGAGGUCUUGGAUGAAACCAUUAACAUGAAGCAUUUUGAUUCAUUUAAAUGUGCUGAUAUCUAUGCUCUGGGCCUGGUCUAUUGGGAGAUUGCUCGUAGGUGCAGUUCAGGAGGUAUCCAUGAGGAAUAUCAACUCCCGUACUAUGACCUUGUUCCCUCUGACCCCUCCAUUGAGGAGAUGCGGAAAGUUGUGUGUGAUCAGAAGCUGCGCCCCAACAUCCCUAACUGGUGGCAGAGCUACGAGGCUUUACGCGUGAUGGGCAAGAUGAUGCGUGAAUGCUGGUAUGCCAAUGGCGCAGCUCGGCUAACAGCCCUCCGCAUCAAGAAAACACUCUCACAGCUCAGCAUCCAGGAAGAUGUGAAGAUCUAGCCUGCAAGUUGCAGCUUGAGGAAGCUGCACAAAAGCUGCCAUGCUAGAGUAGAUGUGAUUGAGGCCUACCUCGCGUUUCUACCCGACCUACUGCUACCAACCAGACCGGGAGAUUUAUGGGCUGCUAGCCAGGGAGGACAAAGCCUGCUAAAAUAAAUGUUCUCUUCCUGG